CCCUCCUGACGUCCACAGAUAAGAAUCAUGUUGCUUAAAGUAGAACUUGCAUUUGAAAAACUGCAUAUUUCCUAAGCAGAAGUCUGCUAGAGUUCUGCUUUAAAAGAAUCUUAGGAAGACUAGAUUUAUCUAGUAUCUUUUUUUUUUCCCCUCCUGGGACAAUUAUUUUUGGAUGCUUAUUGGAUUUUUGACCCAUCCUAUUUUGACACCUUAGCAAUCUCAACCUUUUGGAUAACUUUGCCAGAUACAACUUCCUUCCCAGACUGACCUGACCUGGAUGCCCACCAUGCACAACAGCACUGCAGAAACUCCGCACGCGGCUGCGACGUGUAACGAGACUUGGCCCAGCCAGCCGCUGAGCUCCGAGUUCUCACUGGGUGUGUUGGCGCUGCUGGCUUUCCUCAUGGUGCUGCUGUGUGUGGUGACCAUCCUUGGAAACAUCCUGGUGAUCCUUGCUUUUGUUAUGGACAGAAACCUGAGGCAUCGGAGUAACUAUUUCUUUCUGAAUCUUGCUGUUUCUGACUUUGCAGUGGGUGUGUUCUGUAUGCCGUUGUACAUCCCUUAUGCUCUGACGGGGAGAUGGCACUUGGGAAGAAGCCUGUGCAAGCUCUGGCUGGUUGUGGACUAUCUUGUGUGCACAGCUUCAGUGUUUAACAUCGUCCUUAUCAGCUACGACCGUUUCCUGUCAGUUACAAAAGCUGUAUCCUACAGAGCCCAGCAGGGAAUAAUGUCCAGCCCUACCAUCCAGAUGGUGGCCAUCUGGGUCUUUGCCUUCCUCCUGUACUGCCCAGCCAUCCUGUUUUGGGAGCACCUGGCCGGACACAGCGUGGUAGCAGCGGAUCAGUGCUACGCCGAGUUCUUCGACAACUGGUACUUCCUCCUGUGUGCAUCCACCCUGGAGUUCUUUGUGCCACUGCUCUUGGUGAGCUACUUCAACAUGCACAUCUUCCACAACAUCCAGAGGCGCCAGCGGUGUGGCAGCGUGCAGGACUGUGAGCCUGCAAGGAGCAGCAGCCUGUCCUGGAGGUUUUGUGGCUUGCCGAGGCCAGGGGUAUCAUCUCCUUCAUCAGAAGCAGAGGACAGUGUUUCAUCACUAACGAGGUCAUGGAGACCAGCAGUGGUGGCUAAUGCUCCAUCUCGAACAGAAACCAGUUCUAUGGCUCUCAAAAGGAACUUUUCCACUUCUUUUUGUUCAAGGACUGGAUCAAAACUACAGAGGGACAAGAAAAUAGCAAAGUCUCUUGCCAUAAUUGUCUGUGUGUUUGCCAUUUGCUGGGCCCCAUACUCUUUAUUAAUGAUUGUUCGUGGGGCCUGCCAGGGAACUUGUGUCCAUAACUUCCUGUAUGAAGCAACCUUUUGGCUAUUGUGGAUCAAUUCUUCUUUGAACCCAUUUCUUUACCCUCUCUGUCACAUGAGGUUUCGAAUGGCUUUUCUGAAGAUAUUAUGUCCCAAAAAGUUUGCAACAUUGAGAUCUGUUAAUACGCCUUCUUUUUAGAGAGAUAAAAUAAGUGUCUUGCAGAUAAGGUUCCUCUGUUAUUUAGUGAUACCUUUUCAUAUGUAUCAUUGGCAUAAACAGGAAGAAACCAUUUGUUUACUAAUGACAUUGUUUAAGAGUGCAGCAGAGUUGUGUAGUUUCCUUGGUGCUGAUAAUUUUCAGGAUCUCAUUUUUGGUUUUGCUGGUAUGAUGCCAGAUUACCGUCUAGUGCAUUGUAAAGAACAACAAGCUUUGCUGGAUGUCUUCUUGGUUUGUAAAUGUGAGGUAUAUUUUUUUCCUUCUCUCUUUUUUUUCUUUCCUUUGUUUAAUACAAAGAGCUGGCACUGUGAAAGAACUCUGCUAUCGCUGUCUCCAUAGAGUCAUUGGAGGGAGAUACCUGCUCAUGUAUGUGUUUAAGUAAAAUUUGUGUCCUAUUUAUGAACCUAAAGCUAUCAGUGAAGAAGCAAUUCUGCUGCAUUUUUAAAAUAUUGUAAAAAUACUCACGGAAGCAGUAUAUUUUUAUUUUAUAAACUAUUAUGAAGACAAGAGCGUGCCUUCUCCUUGUUAUAAUCCCCAUAGUGAGCAAUAUGAAAGUGAGUGGACUGCCUAACUUGCCAUAUCUGUCCUUUUCAAAUUUUAAUGUAGUGCAUACCUGGCAUUGCAGGACAAAGUACCUGUAAGUUAGUAAUUCUGAAUGAUUUUCAGAGAAUGAAAUUUUCCAUACUAAGAGAAUUUUGAGAUUGGUUAUCAAAAUUGUCAGACAUAAAUGGUUGUUAGUCUUAUCACCUGUACUCUUUUUUCACCUGACAGUGCUGCCUCUUUGGUCACACCUAAAUGAUAUUUAGUGACAGAUCUGUGCACUAUGUGAUUGCCUAAAAGAUAGGCCAGGCUUGGGCACAUGAUAAAAUUCCUGUUGAAUUAGCAGAGCAAGCAAUGCUAAGUUCAUACUGGAUUUAUGAUUUUGGCUGGCUGUGCGAGAAUAGACAAUAGACUCUCCAGUGUAAAGCUUUGCAAGUGCAAAGAUAUUCCAUCAAAAUGUCUGGAACAAAUUUGAUCUGACAGAGUGAUUUUUAUACUAGAUCAGUUCUUUGUGUCCUGUUACUGUGACAUUAUAUGGAUAUCUCUGCCACAGAACAAAUAUCAAAGUGGAUUUUUUCAAUUAGGGUGCAAGGACCAUAUUCACUGCUUGAGAAUGAGGUUUACAGAGGUCUGGAAGCUGAUACAGAGAUGUCUUAAGCAGCUCUUAACAAACAAAGAAGUUGAAUGUCCAGUGCUGAAAGGAGUGAGUAGAUGUGUUGGAGAAAGCAAUGGAGCUUGAUUACACCCCAUUCCAUGUGCCAAACUUUCUUACCAUGUAUUGAGUGUUGCAACUCACUCAGAAGGCUUUCAUGGAUGGGUAAGUGAGAUUCACUGGCUACAGUUUUUCUCUCCUUUUAUGUAAUUUUAUUCCUCUUUGUUUAUAAAUAUAAAAAUGUAUGAAGAUGGAAAGAGAAAUCUGAUGCACAGAACAAUGAAGACCAGUAUUCAAUUUAAAUAGUUUUAAAUCUAAUUUGAAAUUUGCUUUAGAAAUAUUGCCGUAACAGAGUACUCCUUUGCAAACGCAAUUCAAAUGCAUGGAAGCAGCCUAAUUAUAACACAAAAGUUGAUGGCUUUGAAGAGCUAGAAUGUCUUUCUGUUCAGAGGUCUGGAACUGAAGAAAACUCUUGCCAGUUUUCACACUGUUGGAACAUUAUCUUUCCCCAUUCAUUCUCGCUAUGGUCCUUGCCUCACGUGGAUAGUGUUACCGAUUGUGAGCCUAAUUGCUAAGAGAGAUGCAGCUUCAGGAGGAGGUCAUUGAUUCAGCACAGCUGUUUUUACUGUCAUGAGCUAUGGUGCUGCCAUAGAUUUUGUGGGGUUUGUUUUUCUGUGAUGCCUAAAAAAUCUAAACACACACACAGAGUUAAAACAUUUAUAGACUAGCUGGUGUAAUAAACAUCUGUUAAACAGAGAAUCUGAAGAUAGGCCCAAGAUAGAAAUUAAUUUGAGUUGUCUGCUUUUCUACCCCUAUGCUUUUAGUAUAAAAAUUUAGUUUGCAUUUUGUGUUUAAAGAAUGUGUUGUUCAUUUUGGAAAAAUAACCUACAAGAUUAUUGACUAGAUAAAUUGAGUCUACAUUUUGCAGUGCUGGAAAACUAGUUAGGGAAUUUGCCAGGCAGCACAAUCUACAGCAAACUUGAAACAACAUUGCAUGGUGAAGCUACUAGAGAUCAGUGUUUUUUUAGAGUCUGUUUUACACACACAGUGUUCAAACUUUUUUCUCACACCACUCCUGUGUAAUAGACAAAUUUGUUGUAUUUUUCUAAUUGUUGAAAAUUUUGCUUAGUGCUCCCAGGGUAAAUCAAGCACUGGGUUGCUGUGCCCACAGCUUUAAAAUUGUCUUUGUCAGGGCGGCAUCAUAAAUAUUUUCCCUUGUAAGUCAUAAAUCAGACAUAUCUCAGGGUUAUGGUAAGAUACUUAUUCAGCAUUUGUUCUUAUGCCCUGACUGAAAUGGAUGUUUCUUGCCAAAGAGUUUUCUAACCCAGGUCUCUCUAACCAGUCACUCUUCCAUUUCAGUAUUUCAUGUCCUUGAAUUUUCUUCUGUCUUUGCAGAGGUUCAGUAGGCCUUCUAAAUACAUGGUGACAGUAGCUGUAUGACUUUGUGGGCUUCAACUCAAACCACACCAGUUUUUUUUCUAAUCUGACCCUCUCAGAUUCAAAAAAA